UAUAAUGUUGUUGAUACGCGAAUGAGAAGAGAAAAUGGGGAACAUGUAUUUUUAAUUUUUCUUUCCACCCGUAUCAGAGGGGUGGACUUUUUGCUGAAAUCGAGAGUUGAGAUCCACGAAACCCAAAAAUCAAACCAACUAACCAACCAGAAUCAUCGUAUAACAACAAAAAGGUUUGAUACUUUUUCAUUAGAGUUUCAGUUUAGUUUCCAGACAAGAAAGGCACAGAGAAAAGAGAGAGAAACGAAAAACAAAAAGAAGAAAAAGUUGAAGUCUUUGGUUCAUUCGAAGUGGAUGGUUGGCGGUAGAAAUGGAGAGGGAGCAGGAGAGCAAGCACCGCCACCCUCGACGGCGGCGCGUCACGGAACCACUCUCCGGCCACGCGUCUCCACGGAGAGCGUUUUCAGCUGCAGGUAUGGUGGCCUCGGUCCCAUGACUCUGCUUUCGAGCUUCUUCGGCGACGGCGAUGAGUGCAAGUCGUUCUCGGAGCUCCUCGGCGGCGCCAUGGUGGACCCCACCGCACCCUCGCCCAUGCCCACCACCCCGUUCACCCUUCCACAUGGGUUCAUCGAUUCACCUUCUCCUCAAGGUCAAUUUGGAAUGACACACCAGCAGAUGCUAGCACAGAUCACAUCUCAGGCUGUGCCAGCCCACUUCAAUGUGCAAAUUCACUCUGAACAUCCAUUCUCUAUAUCAGCAGUGUCUGCUACCUCUUUGACACAGUUUCCUACAGGAUCCAGUACUAGGGUGAAAGAAUCCCUUCAUUAUUCUCACUCUGAACAAAAAUUGCAGUCUUCUUCUGUGAAUGCUGAUAAGCCUAAUGAUGAUGGCUACAAUUGGAGGAAGUAUGGGCAAAAACAUGUGAAAGGUAGAGACUUCUCAAGAAGUUAUUACAAAUGCACACAUCCAAAUUGUCCUGUCAAGAAAAAACUUGAGCGUUCUCUUGAAGGUCAUGUGACUGCAAUUAUCUAUAAAGGAGAGCACAAUCAUCAACGUCCUCAUCCCAAUAAGAUCACGAAAGAAACACAGACUUCGAAUAUAAAUUCAGUGUCUAAGAUGGAUCUAGAAUCUAGUCAGGCAACAGGUGAACAUGGGUCAGGAACAAGUGAUAGUGAGGAAGUAGGUGAUCAUGAAAGUGAAGAUGAGAAAAAUGAUGAACCUGAUGCCAAGAGAAGAAACACAGAAGUCAGGCUCCAGGAUCCAGCCUCUUUACAUAGAACUGUAGCAGAGACUAGAAUCAUUGUGCAAACAACAAGUGAAGUGGAUCUCUUAGAUGAUGGAUAUCGAUGGCGCAAAUAUGGGCAGAAAGUUGUCAAAGGCAACCCAUAUCCAAGGAGCUAUUACAAAUGUGCAACCCAAGGUUGCAAUGUUCGGAAGCAUGUUGAGAGGGCUUCAAUGGAUCCUAAAGCUGUCCUAACAACAUACGAAGGAAAACACAAUCAUGAUGUGCCGGUAGCUAAGACUAAUAGCCACACACUUGCCAACAAUAGUGCAUCACAGCUAAAAGCACAAAAUAUUGCCAUACCCGACGACAAGCAUAGUUUCAGCAGUAGGGGUGUUCGGGGGAAUGAACAGCGACCUUUGGGAAGUCUAAGAUUGAAGGAAGAGCAGAUAACAUAGUUUUCUUAGUUCAUAGUCUAAUCUAUCUUUUUCUCAUAAUUCGACAUAUAUACAAUAGGCAAGAUUGUAAAAUUGGUCCCCCACUUUAUCUCCAAUUACGGAUUUGGUCCCCCUAUAAUUUAAUUCACAAAUUUGGUCUCUCAAUUUUAUAAA